UCUGCGCAAGUGCUGUUGUAAAUUGGCCACAUUUGUUUCACUCCCCAUUGUCUCCACUCUCCAACAAGAAGUGCAGAUUAUACGGGAAAGAGUUUUGAGUUUUUUGACAGCUAACAUCUGAAGUUUUUCUGGACUCUUUUCACUUCUACACGCAUUCUCAUCCUGAAGACCUGCACUGAGCAUGUGCAACAAAGAUCUUUACUUCAUGCAGCGGUUCUUUGAGGAUGUGAGUGGUUGAAAUGCUUGAAGCUAUAGUGUUGCAUGGGCAGCCCACUGUCACGUGGAUGUGAUUGACGGUUGAUGAAGGCACUGUAAGUGGAAGAUGUAAAGGGAAGUGGAGAAAAACAGGUGGAGAUCUCAUUCCACUGUAAGGACACUACAAGUUGGAACUGGCCCUUUGCUCUUGGUUGUUUGGUCUCUGCACUAAUUUGUUAAUUUUGAAGUUGUGGCAGCAGUUUCCUCUUCCUGCAUCUUUUUAUGCAAGGGAUACACGAGUUGUCAUAGUGUGCUAUUCUGAGUGAAGCUAUGAAGCAGGAACUCCAGCGCUCCAAAUCAGGUCAAUGUAAGCAAAAAACAAAAGGAACAAUUGUGGCUGAGGCAUCUCAAAAUAAAAUGGAAAAGCAAACUAAAAUUGACAAAGGCGAGAAUAUCAAAUCCCUUUCAUCUGUAAAAUCAAAUUUGGAAAAGCUAAAUACUAAGUUAAUGACAAAAAAGUCGAAGGAAAUAAAUUUGGAUUCAGUGAGGAGCAAAGAAGAGAAAAGCCGGAAAAGGAAAAAAGAAGAUGAGCAGAAGAAACCCAAGUCAAAUAGCAUAAUUUCGCCAACUCCAGAAGCAAAGCGCAGAAAAGAGACCAAAUUGGAGCCAGAGAAGAACUCUGGGAAUAUCUCCCUAGUACAAUUACUAUCAAAAAGUAAGAGUGCAGAAAGCAGAAAACCAAAGCCUAAUAUAAAGCCCAAGAAACCAAAAGCCACUUCAGUAUCUGUAAAAACCUCAAAAAAGAAGCCUUCAAAUGGUACUGCUGCACAGAAUUCGGUUAAAAAGGGCAAGACGACUUCAAAGUCUGAGCAAGGAAAGGAGGAGGAGGAAACGGAAAGUGGUAGUCAUGAAAAACUUAAACCAAAGAGCCCAAAUUCUAAUGCAGAGGCCAGGGAAAAAAAUCAUGAUUCACUUUCAAUGAGAGCCGAACCAUCAAGAAGUAAAGAUCAGACACAGAAUGCAACCCUAAAGACACCCAGGCUGAGUUCUAUUCAUCAAACACAGAUGGAAGCGGGGCAGCAGAAGAAUGCAAAAGCAACUAAACAUGAAGUUCAGUUGCCAUCCUUGGUAGAAAAAUCUAGAGAUCCGAGUUUACGCAGACUGAAAAUAAUGCGAGCUCUUGGUUUGAUCCCUCCUGCUGCAUCUCCAUUCAUGAGAACUGGUGCAGGGGUCUGAACAGACUUCUGCUUUAAUAACUAUGCGCGGGCUUUGCAACUGGGAGGAUAAAAUAACGACAUUUUGGUCCAUUGUCAUGGUGCUUUAUUCAGCAAUGUAGCUGAAAUUGUCUAUUCGGCAUUUAUUACUGACAAAGGGGUGGUGGAAGUUAUGUAGCUUAUGCCUAAAUUUUGCGGAUUUUGCAGAGUGACUAAAGAAAUUUCACCUUGUAAACUAGUCAGCAACUGCAACAAGACAUCUGUAUUGAUGGUCUUAUUGUUAAUUGAGAAACUAAAACUCUACGUGACAUUUUUCUGCAGGCUGACUCGUAAACUUGUCAAUGUGGAACUCUUAUAUUUGUGUUGUAACCUAAAACUGUGUACAUUGCAAAGAUGCUUAUCAGAGCACGACGCAUAUGCUGGAAGAAGCAUGUGAAGCUGUACCUUUUCCUUU